AUGUUCUCCUUUCCUUUAUUACUUUAAAUACUACUGAGAAUUGAUAAUAGGAUUAAUAAGAAAUUGGAAAAUUUAGCUUUUUCAAAAUAAAUAACUGAUCUGUUUGCCAUAACUCAAUUUUUAGUAAAAAAGCAAAAUAACUAUUUUCAACCUUUAAUAUAUAAGCUUUACAUUUAUAAUUAUCAUUAAAAAAGGUGUAGAAAUUCAAAAUGCAUUUGUAAUCUAUAAAUCAAUUACAUAGAUUCAAGGGAUGCCGUUGCCCUUACUUAUGAAAUUGAUAAAGAUUUUGUUCACUAAAAAUUAAAACAGGUAAGAAGAUGUAUUUUUAAUUAAAAUUCUGCAAUUAGUUAAAUCUAAUAUUAUACAAUUUUGUAUGGUGCCUUAUUAGCCCACAAUGGAUGGCCAAUUUAAUCAAUAAAGCACCUUAACUAAAUGGUGUACGGAAAAUUGACUUCAAAAGUUUCUAAUAAAAGCCUUAAUUAGAGCCUCUAAAAUCUCUAUUCUUUUUCUGCAACUUCAAAAAAUGAUUUAUAGUCAUAGACUCAAAUAGAUCCUGAAAAUUAACUUGAAAAUAAAUAAAGGAACAAAAGAGCAAAUUCACAACAGUUAGCAAUUACAUAUUAGAUUAAAUUGGAAUUCUUUUAAAUAUCAAAAAUAAUUUAUCUUUCAAAUGAAAUUAAAUAAAACUUGAGAUAUAUGUUUGGAACUUCAUAAUUAACUCCAGAAAUGCACGAUCUAUCUGAAAAAAUACAACAUUUUAUGUAACAAGAAAUGAAGUUGGAUGAACAUAUAAAAGAAAUAUAGAAAAUAGUAAAAAUAAAACUAAAAUAUUUCGAAAAUAUACUUCUAUAGCUAAAAGAAAUGAGAAUCUCUGAUCUUAUGAAAACAUUGAUGAAUCUAACCUGCAGAAUGAUUUUAUUAAAAAAAGUAUUAUAAUCCUAAUAUGAAAUUACGAAAAGCAAAAGAUUAAAAUCCUUGUAAAUUUUUUAUGAAGCUGAAGUUUUUAAAAAUUAUUUAGAGGCAUAUAAAAUGCAUAAUUAGUCUACUCUAUCAGAGGACUAAAUAAAAAUUAAGAGUAAAGAUUUUAAAAUCAAUUUUCAUUAAAAUGAUAUGAGUUAUAUUAUAAUUUAAAUAGAUGAUGACCUUUAAACUGCAGAAUUAAUAAAAUAUUCAUCAAGUUUGCUCUAAAUGAUUGAAUUUCAUUCAAAUGAGCAAUUAAAUUUUGAAAAAUUAUUAUUACCCUUCAUUCUAAGGGAGCAUCCUCUCUUUAUUUCAAGGUUUUUUAAAAUAGGAUCUUCAAAGUAUUUUAAGCGAUUUAAUUAAUCAUUUAUUAGAACAGGAAAGAAUAUGGCGAAAGCUAUAGAAUUUAGUUUCGAUAAUGUCAUUUAGUCCAACUAAGAUAAAAUAACCCUAAUUGGACUAUUGUAAGAAAUUGUAAUUGAAUAAGCUUUCAUAUUAGUAGAUGUAAAUUAAGUAGUAGGGGGAAUUACAAAUAUAUUUUUCUCUCUUUUGGGAUAUAAUUCUGAAAUAAUUGAUAGGAUUAAUGACUUUUCAAUAUUUUAUUAGCUAAAGAUAUCUUAAAUCUUUCCAGAUUUUUAUGAUUUUAUUUAAAAUGAAGAUUAAGAACCAAUAAUUAAAUUUAAUAAUGUUGAUACUUAUUUUAUAGACUUAGAAGUCUUACUUAAUGAAUUUGAGAAUGAAAACUGCACAACUUUGUAGUAGUAAUGUGUUGUUUUAAAUAGACUUUUGGGAAAACAAAUUUAUACGAAGUACUUCCAAUCCAGCAUUACAAUAUAAGCUUAUCAAAUUUACGGAUAUUAUUAUUACAUUAUAUAAGUAGAAUAAUUAAAUUAGAGAUUAGAACACAUGGACAGUUGCAAGACAUAGGAAAGAUUUAUUGAAGACAGGAAGAAAACUGAAAUAGUACCAAAUUUAUAAAUAAGCCACAUAAAUGUGUCUUUAGAUGAAGCCUAACCACAAAUGAUUAAUCUAAUUUCAGUUGGAAGUAGAGAUGGAUAUAUAGAAAAAAAUUAAACUAAUAAUAAUAUUGAUAUGGAUGGAGUUCAGGAAAGUUAAAAAGCGUCUGUAGACUAAAAAUUAGAAUAAUUUGGAAUGAUCCUCUCACCAAAUAAAAGCUCCAGUGAAUUGAUUGAUCAUUAAAAGGAUAAAUUACUUUAAUAAACUUCACAAUAAAACUAUUACACCGUUCACACAAAUUUAAUAUAAAAUCAAUUGAGUUUAAGCAAUGAGGUUAAUGAAUGCAGCCAAAAAGAGAAUCAAAUAAUUGGUUAACAAUUUAAUUAGGUUUCAAAAGGUGCUGAAUUUGGAAUAGGCAAUAGUGAGGUAAUCAAGAAGUAUGAAUUAUUGGGUAGACUAACAAAGGACAAAACACCUUAAAUUUUAAAAUUAUCUAUUAGCACAAUUGUAAUCUUUAUCAUAAUAUAAACUAUCAGUCUCUCAUUAGUCAUCUCUAUUCUUAGUGAUGAUAUUCUUAAAUUUAUUUCAGAUAUUGAAAUUAUCGCUUUGCAGGCAAGUAUUUAAGGACCUCAUGACUUAUUUUUUUCGAUGAGAAACACUAUUUCUGCAUAUCAAUAAAUGGGGAGAGAGGGUUUUAUUCCAAAUUCUAUAGUGCCAAACUUAACAGCACCUUAUGAAAAAAACUUAGGAUAUGGAUAUUAUGAACUAAGAGACAGUUUGUAUGAAUAGCUAGGUAAUGAAUAUUUGAGGGGAUUUCUAGAUGGAGAAAGUAUGGAAUUAUUAUUUAUGAAAAAUAAUGACACAUAAAAUUAUGCUUUAGAAAUAAAAACUUUUAGAGAAUGUUUGUUCAUCAUUUUAUAAUAUCAAUAUGCAUAAAUGAGAGUUUUGUAGAAUAAAUUAAGUUCCUCUGGCCAACCUUUUCAAGUAUUUUUAUUUUCAAAUUACUAUAACAUACAGGAUAAACUAGAAAACAUAACAAACGAUAUAUUAUAAUUUUCUAAGACUAGAAGCAGAGAAGUUGGGAAAAAGUGGAGUUCUAUCACUAUUUGUUUUUCUAUUCUAACAUUGAUGAUAGCCUUUACGAUUUUGUUUUAGUUUCAUCAAUAUUAUAAAUUAUAUGAUAGGUUUUUACAGUUAUUAAAUUUUUUGGAUAAAUAAAAAGUACAAUUUGAAAUUGAUAAUCUUUAUCAAUUAUAAAAAUUAAUAACGACAAAUCAAGAAUGUACGUGCUAAUAUUAGUUUGAUCUUCAACGAUAAGAAUAGCUGAUGAACAAUUAUGAGGCUUUAAAUAAAAUGACAAAUGCCAAAAAAAAUGUUGAAAGCAACUCAAAAAUUAAAACUUCAAGAACAAGUUUUAUAAUUAUUUGGAUAUUUGUAGCUUGCAUCUUUUAGGUUUAUAUAAUUGCUAUUUUAAUAAAAACAAAUGCAUACAUAAGUAAGUAUGAAGACACAGCAGAUUUUUACUUUAUGAUAUAAAAUUUAAAAUUUAGAAGCGGAUCAUUAUAUAUGUAUAGAGAACAUCUUUUCAGAUUUAAAAAUUUCACUUAUUUAACGGCUUACGAUUUAGAUAGAGCAUACUUAUUAAUUACGAAGGCAUAAAAUAAUAUUUAAUAAUAUUUAGAUUUUACAAGUUCCUUUUAAGCAAAUAAAUAUUUAUUAUCAGACUCAUUUAUUUCUUUUUUUUAAUAUUAGUAAACUCAUGAUUUAUGCGAAUUUGUUGAUUAAGUAAUUUUUAUUCUAUUAUUUAUAGAUUUAUCUCAAUUUUAUGUCAUUGUAUUGUGAAAAAUCAUUUGAUGGCCUUUUAAAAACAGGUUCAAUAUCAGUUCUUAAUUUUAUGUCCAGUCAAAUUAAAAGUCAACAAGCUGUUAAUAAUUUUACCAAAAGAGUUGAAGUUAAUCUGUAUGAAUUAGAAGGGUCCUAAAUAGUGAUCAGAUCAUUUUUUCGGAUUUCAGAUGAAUUUUAGGUAGGAUUGAAGUAAAUAACAAAUGAAUAAAACUAAUUUGCUCUGAUUAUAACGGUAAUAUUUAUUUGCUACUUGAUUAUUUUCUUAUAUAUUGUAUUACUUGUAACUUUAAAACUGUUAAUAAAAUAAUAUGCUUAGUUAAGGAAUAUUUUAUACUUGAUGCCUUAAUAGAUUAUAUUAGGAGAUGAAUCAUUCGAGAGGUUUCUAAAAUAGUUAGCAUUGACCUAAGAAUUACAAUGA